GUAUUUAUGAACAUUCCCUUUAAUGCCGGGGUCCUGACAAAUAAAGUCGCACACGACAAGCAUCCUUUAGCAUCUCUGCUAAACACCAACAAACAGCGAAAAUAUAUCUUACUGAAGUAAAUCAACGAGAAAACGAUGAGCUUGUGCAACAGCGGAGACACUAGUAAUCGCGCAGAUAUGAUACAAGACAUGCAUAUAUGUGAAAAAUUAUGCAUUUGAAGACUGUGUGGAUUUAGCAUUGGACUAUUGUUGUUCCUCAUGUCAGUGAUGCUUGUCCACAAACCCUGUUUUACACACUGAGGUUUCCAGAUAUGCACUAAUCUUGGCUAAAAGGUAGUAUUGGGCCCCAGAAGCUAAAUUUUAUUUAAAGCUGUGCUGUGGAUUAUACUAGCAGCCAGGUACUGUAUGAAGUUGUCAUUGAGAUGCUGUAAGAGGUAUUGGUAAUCGAUUGAGUGAUCAGAUCAUCGACAGAGAAGAUGGACAAGAAAUCUUUUGACAUCGUCUUGGACGAAAUCAGAAAGUGUGUUUUGACAGAUCAGCGAAUCAAAGCUAUAGAACAGGUUCAUGGGUAUUUUUCCAGUGAGCAGGUGAUUGACAUUCUGAAAUACUUUUCAUGGGCGGAGCCACAAAUUAAAGCAGUCAAAGCCUUGCAACAUAAAAUGGUUGCAAUUCCAACAACAAAGGUCGCAAACAUCCUUAAUACUUUCACAUUCUCAAAGGACAGACUUGUGGUGCUGGAACUCAUAGCUUUAAAUAUUUGUGAUGCUCAAAACUACCGUCCGGUGGAGGAUGUAUUUCGUAUUCAACUGUCUGAGAAGAAACGAGCAAGAAGGAUCCUAGAGCAGGUAUGUAAGGUGGGAUGUAAAGCUCCAGUAGCUAUGAUUUCAUCCUGCGGGAUGAUCCCAGGGAACCCUUAUCCCAAAGGCAAACCCAGCAAGGUUACUGGAACAUUUCCUGGAAUUCCUGGCAAAAAGGAUGGAGAUGAUGUUAUCCUGGAUGGAAAGGGGAUUGUAGCGCGGAUCCUCGGAGCAAGCAAACCGUCACCAUCAACAUACAAUCCACACAGACCUGUGCCGUACCCUAUUCCACCUUGCCGGCCACACGCAACAAUCGCCCCAAGUGCGUACAACAACGCAGGUCUGGUGUCAAGGGGUGGGGUCAUCACCGCCAAUGUGCCACCCCCACCCUACCGAGCCACUCCCAGUUCGGCAGGUUACAGCCGACCUGCCUCUCAGCAAAAUCAAACCUCCAACAUCUCUGGGACACCUGCAAUUUCUCCUCAUAGCUCGACUCCAGCAACCCCUGGCACCUCACAACCUCAGCCUACCACACCAAUCACUCCGGUGUUCGCUGGCAUGGUCCCAUCCCCUGCUCCUGCCCCCUCACCCUCAGUCAUCAAAGGCCCUCCUGUCCCAGCUGGUUCCCCCCAUGUUGCCUCUAACUCCAGUGGCCACACGGCACCUUCCUCCCCAUUUUCUGUCAUGCCCCCUUCUGGUAGAAAUACCCCUUCUGUCAUUAAAACCCCAUCUGGAACACCAUGUGGUACACCAGGGCCAAACUUCCCUCCCUCUCCCUUUCAAGGUGGAACCCGCUCAGAAACACCUUCAGGUGGCCACACACCUACACCCAGGGUGACUGGAGAUCCCUCGACUCCUCAUGGAGCUGCUAUGGGUUUACAAUCAAAGAAGGGCUACCCAACCUCCCUAGAUUCCCAGUCGGCCCAUUCAUUCCCUGGUGGUCCCUCCACCCAGUCGCAUUCAGUAAUCCGUAGCUACACACCCUCAGGCAUGUCCCCUCUUACUCCUGGCCGCUUGACUCCCAGCAUGCAAAAUGUCAGUGGUUUACCAACAGCCUCUGCUAGUCCCAGUCCCAAGCCCACUUCUAUGCUGCCCAACCAACCAUCUAUGAGUCCUGCUGGGGGAUACUUUAGCGAGCAACAUGCUCACGCCAUGGCACGUCAUGGUGGAGGCAGCGGAAGCAACAGCCCCAUUCCUUCCGCUUUCAAAGGACCGUCGAGGUCUGGCACCCCUUCUCUUAGCUCUCUGGUAAUGCCUAACUCAGGUGUUCUUGCCCGACCUAUGGGCACACCCCACGGCACCGCCUCACCACAGCCCUCUCUACCCAGCAGUGUAUCCGGACACCAUAGUCUUACCUCAGCUCUUGGCUCCCAGUCUGCUUCACAUUUUUCCGCACUCUCCCCUUUUCCAGGAGCCCAGUCUGGUAUUUCUACCCCGUCCACCCCUACUCCUCCCACCUCAUCUGUUUAUUCAAGUUUGGCUCACUCUAGUGCUCCUACUCACUCCCCCUUUGGCCUCGGAUUGACCACUGCUCAAUCCGUGUUUCCGGGUCUUCCUCAUGGUCCGAAUCCUAGUUUCCCAGGUUUUGGGGGUUCGGGGCCUCCUGCAGCAGGUAGUCCAGUCCUCUCGUCUUUAAUGGGGCUUCCAGGAGCCUCUUGCUCAGUAGCCACCGUCGCACCUCUCCAGGCAGCAGCAGUCGCAGCAGCCGCCGCAGCGGGAGUACCGUCCUCCUCCCCUGUGCUUCCUGGAUUUGCCUCUGCAUUCAGCUCUAACUUCAACCCUGCACUUGUCGGCCAAGCUGGCCUCCAGGCCCCAGGUGGAGGAGCUUUCCCAGGGCUCUUGUCUUUUCCCCCAGGCAUGCCCAGCUUCUCCACUGCAGCAUCUCCAGCAGCUCUCUCUGGUUUACACAACCCUGCCAUGCAGUCUGCACUUUUGCAGGCACACUCUGCAUCAGCACUGGACAGUUACGCACCCCAGCCGAACGGAUUUACAAACUACCCUGCAGCCGCCGGCCCCAGCUUCCAGCUACAGCCAGGCCUGCACCCAUCUCUGGGAUGGCAAUAACUACUUAUGGGGAAAAGACAUUUUGUGUGAGUGUGUUUGUGUAUGUGAGUAAAUGAUAUUUGAGGAAACUAAGAUGAGGGCCGUGAAAUAUGGUGCUUUAAAAAAGUGUGUCAAAAUAAUGAUGAAAUGACUGCACCCUCUAUAGUUCCUAGAAGUGUAUAAAAGAAGAUAAAGAUGCUUCUGAGGGCUGGAAAGCGUUUGCGUGUGUUAUGUGAAUCAUAAAGAUGGAUACUUAUCUUUAGUAUUAUUUUUGCUUGUAGAAGUAAUUGGGACCUAAUCGUAUUUGAACGUCAUAGUAAUCCUAAUAAAAUGAACACUGUCAUUUAUUAAUGAUAAAUGAAUUUUUUAAAAAUA